UCAACCUUGAGUCAAACAAAAGGGGCUCUGUUUUUCCCUCCUUAUCCCUCUGCUUAUUUCCUCCUUACAACACUUUUUCAGUACACCCUUUUCCUUUCUUUCUUCAGUUCACACUUCCAAGACUCCAUCUUUCAUGUCCUAAAAUCACUUAUUUUGCCCACUCUUUUUCAGCAAAUCAAAAUGGACUCUGUGAGACCAGCUCCAGCUCCUAGUAAAAGCAGGCUAGCUAAGACAUUUCAGAGAGUAAUCCAUAGGAAAAACUCCUCAAAACCUUUUUCCAACAAUGGGUUUUGCCUACUCAUACCUCAAGAAAAGCUUAGGUGUUGUGAGUCACAGCACUUUGACAAAGAAGAAAUUGAAGAGUGUAAAGAGCAUACCAAGAAUAGAGCUGUUAUGGAGGCUUUUGUUGCUAAGCUUUUUGCUACCGUUUCCUCUGUUAAAGCUGCUUAUGCUGAGCUUCAGUUGGCUCAGUUCCCUUAUGAUAGUGAAGCUAUUCAAGUUGCAGAUCAAGCUGUGGUGGAUGAACUCAAAGCUUUAUCUGAGCUCAAACACAGUUAUCUCAAAAACCAAAUUGAUUCUUCACCACCCCAUGUAACUUUAAUGCUUGCUGAGAUUCAAGAACAGCAAUCUGUCAUGAAAACGUAUGAAAUCACCAUGAAGAAAAUGCAGGGAGAAAUUGAAUCCAAAGGGUACAACAUAUCUUCUCUACAAAAGGAGCUACAAGAAACCAUUCACAACAACAAAUCACUCGAAAGAAAGCUCAAUGCCAGUGGAUCAUUCUCCAUUCUUGAUAAUGUCAAAUUUUCAGAUGUAAAUCCUAAAGAUUUCAUCAUGGUUUUGCACUAUGCCUUGAGAUCUAUUCGCAAUUUUGUCAAGUUCUUGAUUCGGGAAAUGGAGUCUGCAAAUUGGGAUAUAGAUGCUGCUACGAAAUCUAUCCAAAUUGGUGUCAUUUUCCAGAAGAGCAAUCACAGGGCUUUUUCUUUUGAAUCUUUUGUUUGCAGGGAGAUUUUCAGUGGGUUUAACGAGCCUACGUUUUCUGUUCAGAAUGACGAUUCUUUAUUUUCCGGUGUGACGCAACGCCGGAAUUUCUUCUUCGAUCAGUUCAAGAAGUUAAAAUCUGUGAAUGUUGCUCCUUUUCUCAAGCAGAACCCUUCUUCUCUGUUUGGGAAAUUCUUGAAGGCCAAAUAUCUUCAUUUGGUUCAUCCAAAAAUGGAGUUUUCCUUCUCCGGGAACUUGAACCAGAGGAAACUUGUGAACUCCGGCGAGUUCCCGGAAACAGAAUUCUUCAAGGUUUUUAGUGAGAUGGGGAGGCGCGUGUGGCUUUUGCAUUGCUUAGCAUUCUCUUUUGAUCAACAAGUUAGCAUUUUUCAAGUUCGGAAGAACUCUAGAUUCUCUGAGGUCUACAUGGAAAGCGUCACAGACGAGAUUUUCUCCGUCGCCGGCGGCGAGUUCAAGGUGGCGUUCACGGUGGUACCAGGGUUUAAAGUCGGUCAAACGGUAGUUCAAAGUCAGGUAUAUUUAUCUCCGAUCACUCCUCCGGCCAAGCACUAAUGAUAAAAUAUUAGCUGAAAACUCCCCACUCGCUCUAAUCACCACGCGCCACCUCAAGUGGUGGAUCUCCCUUCCUCCCACAGCGUGUAAAUGGUUGGAUCAGCUACCAAACUUCCUUUCAAUAAAAAUGAGUUGAUCAAACAAUUUACACAGCACAGACAUACAUACCUAUUGCCAAUGAGGGAGGCGCGUGAGGUUGACGCGGUACGGAUUAUCUAUUGGAAAGUGAUGGGCCUUGGUCCCAAAGUAUAAGUGGGCUUUUGGGCCCACGUAGUGAAAGUGGUUCAGGGCUUUUUGAAAUUGUGAACUGGAUCGUUUGGAGUAUAGUGCAGAAAGAUUGGGCGGUGAGACAAAAGGCAAAGUAGGCUCAGUCAGUUUGUGGGCCCAACUAGUAUACGUCUUUGUUUCUUUGGUAUAUCAAAAGUAGAAAGGGGCAUGGUGGGACCCUUCUUUUCUGCAUUACAAAAUAGCUAAAAUGUUGUUUAUUCCUCCUAUUGUACGUUAAAGAAUGACAGACAUAUGCCUGCAACUUGCAUAUGACAUUAUAAUGUGUAUAAAAAAAUUAGCUAAAGUAGUACUAUUUAAUAUAUAAAAUGAAUAUUAGUAUUA